GGUGAUUAAAUUUUUCAAUUGUAAUCAGUACGAUCAGACAUUAGUCAAAGAAUUUCCAAAAAUGAAAGCCCUCUCAGUAUUAUUUUUGGUGGCACUGAUUUGUGGUAUUUUCCACAUAUCCUUGUGUGAAUCGGAAUGUCAAGUGUGCAUGACAACCAACGAAGCCUAUUGUGUGGAUGAAACUUCAUAUUAUCUAUGCUUGGAUGGAAAAAAUCCAUCAAAGGCACAGCUACAUCAUUGUGAAGAGGGUCAGGUUUGUACAACAAGCGAAAAUAUAUGCGAACCCAAAAACGGUGAAAAUAAUGUCGUGAACAAUCCAGUCUGUGGCGGAUCCUGUAACAAAUGCCCAACAACAGGACGCUACACUUGCGUUAGUAAAACUAAAUUUGGACGUUGUGUCAAUGGGGCAAUAACAAUUGUCAGUGCUUGCGAAAAUGGACACAUAUGUAGCGCUGAAUUGUACGAAAAAACCGGAGCAAUUUGUGCCCCACAAUGUGUGGCCGACUUCUAUGAGGUAUCUGCGACAUGUAACAAUGCUGAGCCAACUACCACUACAACGACCAUAGCACCAAUUGACGUAGGCCGUCUAAAAGAACAGUGCACAACAGCAGAGGCCGAUCAUCCCAAUCAAAACAACUUCGUUAUCAAAAACGCUGAUGAUGCUGACUGUAAAACAUACAUAUACUGCGAGAAAUUCGAUGACGGAAUGGACGCACUUUUAAUGACAUGCAAAGGAGGGUACUUUAAUUUGACGGACAAAAAAUGCCAAAACGAAAAACCCACAGAUUGCAAUGCACAAGCACCACCACCUUCUGAAACUUUAUAAAUUUCAAGAUUCCUUGUUUCUUUACAUUAGUCCAUAUGUACGUGUAUAACAAUUUUAAAAAUACAUUUGAACUAUAACUUGGAGUAUA